CAGAUCAGCAUGUGUGUGUAACAGUCACUGUUACAAAAACACUCUCUCCACUUCAAUUCCAUUCACACUUUCAAACUCUUCGUUUUCUAAUCUCACCACACUCACACACACUGCUUCCGAGUAACACUCACAUUUCCACCAUGCCCAAAACAAAAACCUUCAUUUUUUCCAAUUACCACCCCCCCCUCCUUCUCCUUCUACUCCUUUCUCCGUUUUGCGGCGCCUCUAACGGCGGAGACGUUACAAAACAAGAGCUAUGGUGCGUGGCAAAAAACAACGCGGAAGACGCCGAGUUACAGACGGCACUUGAUUGGGCCUGUGGAGCCGGUGGAGCAAAUUGUGGUCCAAUCCAAAACGGAGGACCUUGCUAUGACGUUACCAGUGUUCAGAAUACGGCGUCGUAUGCUUUCAAUGAUUAUUUUCUCAAACAUGGUUUGACUGAUGUUAGCUGCAAUUUUAGUAACAAUGCUGCUGUUACUUCCUUAAACCCUAGUUAUGGUAAUUGCAAGUUUCCAUCUGGUUUGGCAGUGAGCAAUGGAAGUUUUACUGGAUCACCAUCACCACCAAUUGGAAUUGGACCAAGUGAAAAUGUGAGCGGAUGCAGUAAAGCUUCUUGGGGAUGGUGGUUUUGGCUUUUGGGGAUCACUCAUUUGCUGCUCAUGGUUUGAGUUUCUGCAUAAAAAGAGGUGAAAAUAGGCACUGAUUUGAUGAAGGAAUGGCAAGAGAAAAAGCUUUCCUUGUUUUUGUAUGCGCUGCACAGGUUAGACAUUUUAGGAAUAUCGAAUUGUGUGUUACUACCAAUGUAGAACAGAAAUGAUGAAUGUAUUGUUUCUCCUUAAUCUGGCUAUUUUCAAAUCUGUACCUUUGGUGGUCUGUUUGAAAUUAAAGUAUCAAUUUGAUGGA